UAUAUGCUCUUGACAGUCGAAAAGGUCGAUCAUGAUACCAUAGUUAGUAUGAUGUGCCAGUCGAUUCCGGAACCAGGCUCGCCUCACGUAAGUUAGUGGUUGGCAGCCUGGUGUGGAAUGCGCUGAUUGGCCUAUUCCAUUCCAUGCCAGGCUAUUCAGCCCUAGCGUCUUACUUGCAUUUACGGAGAUACUUCUACCUCCCUUCGUCGUGCUCUUGAGGGCCCAGCAUCGCGUAUCACGAGCUGGCUCGUCAUCCUUUGACGCUGUAUACGAACGACCCGUCAGGGUCGGGACUAAGCACUGCUACACGAAGCCGAGGAGCUUCUGUGGGCAGAGAGUGCCGCCUAUUUGGUCCAACUAGUUCGGAAAAACAUUUGGACCGGUCACCAGGUAUUCCGCAAAGACUACAUCACACUCGCGUGGAAUACAUCUCGAUGUCAUCCAAGGCCAGGGCCAGGGCUCCCGCCUUACUAGUCGUGGACCUCCAACAGGCUCUAGUCGAAGGGUUUCCAGACUCCGAUGAACGCCGGUCAACACCGCACCUAAUGUCCAACGUGGACACAGUAUUAUCACACUGGCGCCGACAUAAAUGGCCGGUCAUCCACAUUCAGCACGACAAUCUCGACCCAGAUGAACCACUGAACAUGGAUAAUUUCCCUGGUAACACCAAGCCACAUGCCUGCGCCAAGCCGCGAUACGACGAGCCUGUGCUGGUCAAGCACAUUGGCAGCGCGUUUACCGAUCCCAAUCUCAAACUUGAGGAACGUCUAAAGGACUUGGGCUGCGAGGAGGUCGUGGUGAUUGGGAUGGAUGGUGCUCAGUGUAUUAAUGACAAUGCUCGCGGCGCGUGUGAGCGCGGCUUUAAGGUCACGGUUGUGGCGGAUGCGUGUGCUUCAUAUGGGAUGCAGAGUUAUGGAGAAAAGGGGAAGAGUUAUAGUCCUGAGGAGACUCAUGAUGCCGCGAUGAGUAUGCUUGCGAAUGGAUUUGCUAGGGUUGUUGGGACGGACGCUCUUUUGAAAGAGUAUAACUCAUAAAUCCCUGACGAGGCUGUACAAACACUCCCGGGCCACUAAAAAAGUGUUUUCAGGGACUGUGAUUUUGGGAUUAUCGCAAAAAGAUCGU